UGCUAAUGUUUACAUACAAUGAUGAUUAAUAAGGUGCAUUAUGUGUACGAUUUUCGGUUGUGUUUGAGUAAUUACUCGUAGAAAUGGCAGGGACGCAUUCAGAUGGAGAAGAAAGGUUAAACUGGAUAGAAUUCUGCGACAGACAAGCAAGAUCAGCAGCUGCGGAGUUCGCAAAAGCGUUUUGUACGUAUGUGAGCGUCAGUCUUCCAGAAAAUGCGAGGACAACUGUGUCACACAGAGAUUUCGUCAGAAAAUUCCUCGAUUGUUUCGUUGAUCAUUUUGAAAUUGAAUACUCUAGAAGAAGUCUGAUUAACCAAAAAGAUAAAUUCGUUAACGGCAACAACGUGUUCGCGGCAUCGUCUGCAAACGCUUUACGUGCUAACAGUCACGAAGAAUUUAGUGAUUACUCCGAACACGAAGCGGAUUCGCCAUCUCCGAAGACGCAGCACAAGCCUUUUUUCCGACGGCUCUCUUUCAAGGGACUUAAGAAAGGUAAAGGUUUCUUCCAUAAACAACAUUCAGAUGAAGUUGAACUGUCAUCGCAUCAUCAUCACCAUCACCACCACCACCAUCAUGACAGACAUUCAAAACAUGAUAAACAUUCCAAAACAAAAUUAGCGAAAAUUGUAGUUGAGUGUAGGAAAGAGGGAAUAGUGAACUUUUUGAUGGGUGAAAAUAUCGAUGGAACACAAAAGUGGGAAAAGUGUCGCCUGGCAUUGGUGAAAACUGUUGGUGGCUAUAUGCUUGAGUUUUAUUCACCGCCUAAGGCAGUGAAACCAAAAAGUGGUGUCUUUUGCUUUCUUAUUACCGAAGCAAGAGAAACAACUGCUUUAGAAAUGCCGGAUCACGAGAAUACCUUCGUGUUAAAGGCGGAAAACAACAUGGAGUAUGUUAUCGAAGCACAUGAUACAGAUGACAUGCGGUCAUGGCUUGCCACAAUUAAAUACUGUAUGCGUUCUCCAAUGCCAACCAGUGAUAGUCAGGAUGGGAGCCGCAGUCUGCUAGUGAGCCAGAGUGAUUCGAGAGGUGUACCAAAGACUGAAGGUGCAGGAGAUGGUUUAAGCGCAGAAAACCCUCCUGAGCUGCCACCAAGACUUCAAGCAGCAGGACUCCCUCGUGUAGCAUCAGACACUCCGGGACUUCGUCUUUCCAGUAACAGUCAUUUUGAACUCUGUACGUCCCACACAGAUAUAGAGCAAACAGCUGCACCAGUUCCAGAAACGGAGGCAGAUUUAUCGACUGCACUUAAAGAGUACCCAUGGUUUCAUGGAACGUUGCCGAGAUCAGAUGCAGCUCAACUUGUCUUACGCGACGGAGCUGCCGCACAUGGCGUCUUUCUUGUGAGACAGAGUGAGACACGCAAGGGUGAAUUUGUGCUAACUUUCAACUUCCAAGGAAGAGCAAAGCAUUUACGAAUGACGCUCAGUGACCAAGGCCAGUGUCGUGUUCAACACCUCUGGUUUACCAGCAUCUUCGAUAUGCUGGAUCACUUCAGACAACAUCCAAUUCCACUAGAGUCAGGUGGCACGGCCGAUGUCACGCUGACUGAGUACGUGCUGGCACUGCCUCCGGUCACUCCACCGUCCACGACGAGGCCUGUCGUGCCAUCCGCUGCAGCAACCUCGGUUCCUGCCCAGCCCACAGUGCAGCAGCUCCCACCUCAGCCGCAGCCCCAGCCUGCAGGGCCGCAGCAGCCACAGCAGCCGCCAGCCGUGACGCCGGCCGUCAGCGGAGCGACAGCUGCCGAGGCCAGGAGCCGGCCACCUCCUCCCCCAGAACCCAUCAGAGAAGUGAUAACAUAUGGAGGAUCAGUUCGAACAAGAACAGAAUCAUUAGAGAACUUGCAGCAGGAAAGACAAAGUGGAUCUGGUGGAUCAGUUGGUGCUGGACGUGCUGUAGAAAAUACUUACAGCUUUGUCUAAUGCAAUAUAACAAUGGACUGUGAGCGUCUGAAUCUUCUUCCUCUGCAUUCUGAUACCUGCUACUGAGUUAUCUUAUUUGUUAAUACAAAAGUGUACCGUUAAUUGUCACAAAGUUUCUUUGUGGAGUGUUUUAGUUAUGCAGUGUUCCUUGUCAGAUAUCUGAGAUGAGAGGUAUCUACUCCUUAGUGGAGUAAACUUAGUGGUGUGUAUUUGGCUAGUUAAAAUUGUGUGCUGGACCUUUGAGCCUGUAGAAGACAUGCUUUUACAGUGGAAUUGGUUGUCCACUAGAGGCAUGGACACUGGCCUUGCACAUCAUUUUAACUUGUCACAAGUGUAUAACCGAGAUGUAUAUAUCAAUUUUGCUUUGGCCGCAUAUGCCCAAUACCUGGUUUUUGUGCUGUGGUUGCAUUUUAUAAACAAGUUUCAUGCAGCUCUGUUAUUUGUAAAUUAAUUUAUAUAGGUAUGGUAAUGUGGUACAAUAAUUAUUUUGUCAACACACAUCAACAACAACAAAAAAUUGGUCCACCUCUGUAGCGCAGUGGUAGCAUUAGUGCCUAUCACGCGAUGGGGCCCGGCUUUGAUUCCCGGCAGGGGACUGGGUGUUGUGUGUCCAUCAUCAUCAUUUUCAUCAUCAUUAACAUGCAAGUCGGCGAAGUGGCAUCAACUAAAAAGACUUACAUUACGGCGGCCGAAUCCCGAAGGAGAUAUCCCGGCCAGUAAAUGCCAUACGAUCAUUUCAUUUCAACAAAAAAUUGUGACUGAAGAAGUAGAGCAUUAAGAUUGUUUUCAUCAUAUCACUCGUUACAUCUUUUGUGGGAACAUAUUGGCUCAGAGCAUUGAAGAUAGAAUUCAUUUAGGAGUGUCAGUGGUGCAUGUAAGCUACCGCAUUAAUUAACCCAGGAAGAAAUGAAACCAACAGUAUCAGUGAAUGUUAUUUAAGUUAAUUGGUGUAUAUGUAUAUUUGUGUGAGCUGCUAUUUCUUGCCCAAACAGUAUCUGAAUAGUUGGUUUCCCACCUUUCUCUUUGCCCCCUCAGUGUAUACAUGACGGUAGUGGGGAUUUAGGGAAAGUAUUCAUUUUGCACAUUGUAAUUUUUAUUUUUUACAACUGCCUAAAAGUUGAGACAUUACUGUCACAAGCAGUUACUUUGCAUGUUUAAUUAGCAUUAUUAUGUAAUAUGUACAAACUGAGAUAAAAUGGUGCUAGAUACUCAGCAUUGCAUUAUUGUUCAAGAGUUUAACUCAGCUAAAGUAAGUUCAUAAUUAGUUUGAUUGUGAAUCUGGAAAAUACUCUGGACAGUGGACAUUUGUUUCCAUAUUAUUUUUAUUGGAGGUAACAGGCUAUAUAUAGAGUAGGUUUUAAUAGUUAGAAGAAUGAAAAAAAGAAAUUGAUAAGCACUGUCACAGUUUGCACUGACAAACAUACACGAUGUGACCUCUCAUAUUGACUGCAACCAACCAAAGAGAUACAGAUCUGUUCAUUUGUUAAACAUAAGUAUUUCCACAUUUUUAAUUGCAAUAUAUGCUUGAACAGCAGCACUGCAUUGUUAAUGUUUCCUUUGAUUAGUAAAUAAGUGUACUUUACUAGUUGCCACUUCUCAUGGCAUAUUUAUUAGACAAGAGAAUGCAAUUGUACAGUGUGUUAAUUUAAUUUAUUUUUUAUACAAACAAUC